UUGGCCAGUCGCCUGAUACACACAGAAGAAAGUCAUGGGGAAGACAGGUGGAAGAGGCGACUUUGAAUGGGUCUACAAUGACCAGCCGCACACUUCAAGAAGAAAAGAAAUACUGGCCAAAUAUCCAGAAAUCAAGUCUCUGAUGGGUCCAGACCCCCAGCUGAAGUGGGUGGUAUCAGGCAUGGUCUUAACCCAGCUUCUGGCGUGCUACCUGGUCCACGACCUCUCCUGGAAGUGGAUCUUCUUUUGGGCUUACGCCUUCGGAGGCUGCAUCAACCACUCCCUGACUCUGGCUAUCCACGACAUCUCUCACAAUGUGGCCUUUGGCAACAAGCUGGCAAAGUGGAACCGCUGGUUUGCCAUGUGGGCCAACCUGCCCAUCGGGCUGCCCUACUCCGCGUCUUUCAAGAAGUACCACAUCGACCACCAUCGGUAUCUGGGAGGUGACCAGCUGGAUGUUGACAUCCCUACAGACUUUGAGGGAUGGUUCUUCUGCACCCCUACCAGGAAAGUCCUGUGGCUCUUCCUCCAGCCGCUUUUCUAUGCCCUGCGCCCUUUGGUAGUUAAUCCUAAACCAGUGUGUCAGCUGGAGAUCCAGAACGCAGUAGUUCAGCUCACAGUAGAUUUAAUUAUCUACUAUCUAUGGGGGCUGAAGCCCAUUGUCUACCUCAUUGCAGGAUCUAUCCUGUGUAUGGGACUGCAUCCUAUCUCUGGACAUUUCAUAGCUGAGCAUUACAUGUUCCUGAAGGGACACGAGACAUAUUCUUACUAUGGACCACUUAACUGGAUCACCUUCAAUGUCGGGUAUCACAUGGAGCACCAUGACUUCCCCAGCAUACCUGGCAGUAAACUACCUCAGGUCAAGCAAAUUGCAGCAGAGUAUUAUGACUCCCUGCCUCAACACACUUCCUGGACCCGGGUACUAUGGGACUUUGUGUUCGAUGACAGCAUCGGCCCCUACGCCAGAAUCAAACGGGAGUACAAGCUAAGCAAGCAGGAAUAGAUCUGUGACUGAUUAUACUUCCCAUGAAACAGGAAUGUGAAUUUAAGUUGUUAAAAAUCUAUUGACCUCAAUGAAAUAUUCUCCAGUUUAAACGUUUUGUUUUUCCGUAUAGUGUGGUUGUCACUGUAUGUGCACUUUCUAACACGUUGGACAUUUUCAUCUUAAAUUAUUCCUGUUCUUCAGUUACUAUCUGUAAAAUGAAUGCGCACAUUAUCACCUGCAUACAUACAGUUUAUGGAAAUGCAAAUUCAGAUUGUCAGCAUGUACAGCUAGAUGGGUUCCUUACCAUUAUUUAUUCAUGUUUCUAUUCCUGCUAUAAACAAAUGGCCCGCAGUCAUGACAGUGAUGACAAUGACAUUGUCUUGGACCCAGAAGACAAGAAGACACCAAGUGAUGAUAAUAGUAUAAAAGUAUUCAAUAUAAACAUCCUCAUUUCUUAGGGUCACAUGCAUUCUCAUGAGGUAUUACAGAGCUGUUGUUACCUCUGCUUGAUUGCGCUCCUGCCUGUGAACAUUACAUCAGGUCUCCUUAAGAAUUUCCAAAGGUGAAAAUCAAGAAACACAAUGCCUCUCGGAUUACCCCAAUACAAUUUCACAUCCAUCGCACAGAACAGUGCUGAAGUGGAAAAUGAGCAUUGAAACUUACCUUUCAGUAAGAAGAGCCUUUUCUUCAGCGAUUCCCCAUUCUGCUUGUUCGCAGCUCCACCCUGCUGUUAACAGUUUGAUUAUAUCUACAGGGAAUGGAUAAAAAUAACAGAAACAACGUACAAGGCAAAAAAAAAGUCGUUUUUAGAAAAUCUAAGUUUGAUGAGGUUUAAACGUUUAAACGUGUCAGGGCUGCUGAAAGGACCUGGUGGUAUUUUUUCAGGCUGUAGUUUGUAAUGUUCAUGAAAUAUAACAUAGUCUGUGUUGCCGAGGUUCUUCUUGUAUUCCACUUUCACUCUUUGAUCAUGCAGUUUUCCUGUAUUUGGUCAGUAUCUUCUUGAGUUUAGAGAUUGCCACCAUUAACUGAGGCAGCAACUCCUGACAAGCCAACAAGAGAGACUUGUUAAGCUGAGUACCAAACUUUUUUCAUGCUGCCUGAAUUGAUGAUGCAUCCAGCACAAAAUACAAAAUUAUAUGUAAUGAGAUGAGGGGGAAAAAAACCCUCUUAAAUUACAAAGUCAAAACACAAGAAAACACCAUUAGUAAAAAAAAUAGUGGUCACAAGUAGACCCUGACCUUCACUCACUGAAAGUGUCUUAACAAUAUAAACUACAGCAAAUCAACACUUCUGACUUAUGAAUAAAAACAUAACGUGCUUCACUGAUUUAGUAUUUACUAUAGGGCUACUGUAUUGUAAGUUGUUUGUAAUUUUGUCCACCCACUGUAAAUACAACUUAAUUUUUAUGUUAUGAUUGAUA